GUAAGUAGUAGCUAGUCUCGGCAACGCAGCUCCCAUCUCUGUACCAACCACCCACCAUAUCAAUCUAUCCAUUAUCUCCCUUAACGGAAGAAAAAAACAGAUAUCAAAAAAACGCAAAGACAGCAACCACCGCCACCACAGCCAAUAAGCAGAACAGUUUCCGCCACAAAGCAAUGUUCACGCGCCGUGCUGUGUCCUCUGCCGUGGGUGCGGCCGCCAUGGCCACCUCCUCCUCCCUGUCCUGCCAGCGCCGCUACGACCACGACCGUUGGUACGGCCACGCUCUUGAGUUGGACUCGCACAACUACAAGUUCACCGGCGAGCCCCCGACCUGGAUGAAGUCGCGCGCCAAGACGGAGGAGGAGACGAACUUCGCGAAGAGCGUGCUGCCGCACAUCGACUUCGCCUCCAGCUACGAGUGCCUCCUCUUCGAUGCGGACCGCCUGAACACGCACCUCAACCGCAAGGAGUUCGGCAACGAGAUCAAGUACCGUCUCGAGAAGCAGUCGAACACCGUCGCACGUGCGCAGCAGCUGUUGAAGGACAAGAAGGCCGGCACCGGCGCGGAUGCCGAGCGCGUGGAGAACGCCAUGAUUGCGCGCAUCUUCGACGAGGAGCAUGUGCAGGCAGAGAUGAAGUACGUGAAGUGCAUCCGCGCGAAUGAGCUGGCCGAGGACAACCGGCUCGAUAUCCUGCCCGGCGGCUCGCCCAACUCGCUGCGCGAGAAGACCCGCUGGAACCUCAACACGGAGCUGCACCCGGCCGACCGUGCGGAGAUCGGCGCGCGGCUUACCGCCUGGCUGCCGGAGAAAUACCACAUCGUGUAUUUCGAUGACUUUCAGACGGUCGCGGCGAAUGACCCGGCGGCACGGAAGCAGAUGCUCGACAUCGUGGACAGCGUCGCGAAGGAGUACGCGGCGGAGGCGAAGACCGGCGGCUACGAUGCGGAUCUCAAGGAGACGGUGGCGGGGCUGCUCGACGACGUCGACCCGACCCGCGCCAUCACCGUCGAGGCGAUCAAGGGCUGCAGCGACCUGCAGCAGCUGGAGGACUGGUCGCACCAGGUGCACGAGUACAACGGUGAUGACCGCAUUAUCGAGAUCUACGCCCGCGCGGCGGAGCUGACGAAGAACGCGGAGCAUCAGCAGCUGGUGAAGCAGAUGCGCGAGUGGCGCAAGCUCGCCACCAAGAACUAA